CCCGCGAGCCCUCGGCCGCCCCGACUCCGGAAGGAUUCGGCCGAGAGGCCGGAUGUGACGCCGCGGCCCAGGCGCUCGGGAGGCCGCGGAGAAAGCGACGAGAAGGCGGGCCCGGCCCGAAGUCUGGCAGCCAGCGACAGAGCCGGGCGCCCACGGCCCGAGCGCCCCCCGGCAGCACCAUGCCUGCGCUCCUGGAGCGCCCCAAGCUUUCCAACGCCAUGGCCAGGGCGUUGCACCGGCACAUCAUGAUGGAGCGGGAGCGCAAGCGGCAGGAGGAGGAAGAGGUGGACAAGAUGAUGGAACAGAAGAUGAAGGAAGAGCAGGAGAGAAGGAAGAAAAAGGAGAUGGAAGAGAGAAUGUCACUAGAGGAAACCAAGGAACAAGUAAGCAGUCUCUUCAUCUCUCCUGGCUCUUUCUUCUCUUGGCUCUCCUGCCUUCACCUUCUCUACCCUCCUCAGAUCCUGAAGUUGCAGGAGAAGCUUUUAGCCCUACAGGAAGAGAAACAUCAGCUUUUCCUGCAGCUCAAGAAAGUUUUACAUGAGGAAGAAAAACGGAGGCGAAAAGAGCAGAGUGACCUGACCACUCUGACAUCAGCGGCAUACCAGCAAGGCCUGACCGUUCACACUGGAACUCACCUCCUCAGCAUGCAGGGGAGCCCUGGAGGACACAAUCGCCCAGGCACCCUCAUGGCAGCAGACAGAGCCAAACAGAUGUUUGGACCCCAGGUGCUUACGACCCGGCACUACGUGGGCUCAGCAGCUGCCUUCGCAGGGACCCCAGAGCAUGGGCAAUUCCAAGGCAGCCCGGGCGGCGCCUAUGGGACUGCUCAGCCUCCACCUCACUAUGGACCCACACAGCCUGCCUACAGUCCCAGUCAGCAGCUCAGAGCACCUUCCGCAUUUCCUGCAGUACAGUACCUGUCUCAGCCGCAGCCUCAGCCCUAUGCCGUGCACAGCCACUUUCAGCCCACCCAGACAGGGUUCCUCCAGCCUGGUGGUGCCCUGUCCUUGCAAAAACAAAUGGAACACGCUAACCAACAGACGGGCUUCUCUGACUCAUCCUCCCUGCGCCCCAUGCAUCCCCAAGCUCUGCAUCCAGCCCCUGGACUCCUGGCCUCACCUCAGCUCCCUGUGCAGAUGCAACCAGCAGGAAAGUCGGGCUUUGCAACCACCAGCCAGCCUGGCCCUCGGCUCCCCUUCAUCCAGCACAGCCAGAACCCGCGAUUCUACCACAAGUGACCAUCAGAUUUGAUCUUCAACCUUGCCCCCAGCCCCUGCCUUGGGGGAGGAUCCCCGGUGUGUCCCAGUCCAGGCCAAUAAAAUCUACCUGCCACUGA